AGGGGUCCCUGCGGGCGAGGCAAUAAACAGACACGUGCAGACUUGUGGCGAGCGGGGAAACGGAGAUCGCUGCCUGUCUAAACUUUCCUCUCAUAUAUCCAAGUGUCCUCUCCGGGGAUGAAGGAGGCCAACCUGGAGCACACCUGAAAUCUCCCUCGCCACAACAUGAAGGACAACAGCAAGAUGAAGCCACAGCGGCAGGCUCACCGUACUGCCAACACCUUCACCUUCCGGGGGUUUGGUGAGCGGGUGCGCCGGCUCAGAGUCUCUGCCGGCAGGUUCCUCCUGCAGCGGCCACGGACUGAGGAAGGCGAGGAGACGACUUUCCUCCACCAGGCACUUGUGAGGGCACGGGAGCUCAAUUUAACGCAGGCCUUCCAGGAUUUCCAGAAUGAGCUUGGUGGUGACCUUCAGCACCUGACACAGCUGGUGCACCAGGAGCAGCAGGUGGCCGAGUGCCUGGCACGCCACCUGGCCCUGUCAGACACCCCGGCCCUGCAGCCUCUCCUGGACCUGCUGGUGGCCUUUGCCAACGACCUGCCGCAGGAGUUUUACCAACGGCACUUUUACAACCUGCUGCCAGUGUUGGUGGGGCAGCUGGCAUCUCGGGAGCCAGAGCGGCUGGAGGCAGUGUUCCUGUGCCUGGCAUCCCUGCUAGUGGUGCUGCAGCGGUACCUGCGCACUGAUCUGGUCCGCCUCUACCACCACCAGGGGUAUGCCAGCCUUCUCUCUCCAGCCCAGCCUUGGUACAUCAAUGAGCUGGCAGCCCAGACCCUCAGCUUCCUGGUGAGGAAAGCCUCGGGGCAGGAGGCAUUCCUCCGGGGUGUCAUUAAGGGGCUGGGCCGCGGGCAGGGGGCCCCACAGGGUGUAGGUCGCCUGGUGGCAGCUGUGAUGAAGUCUGAUGUGGUACAGCGGUUGCACAGCUCAGCGGGCAGCAUGCUGGCCAUCCUGCUUGCCCUUCUUGGUGACAGUGGCCUCCCACGUGAUCUGGCGCUGGAGAGCAUCACCUACGCAGUGCAGCAGGUGGCCCACCACAUCACCAGCAAGCACCCCAGUGGUGCCACCUCCUGGCAGGCUGGCUGGGCCCAGGAUGCACAGCUGGUGUGGCCAGUCUUGUGGCGUGCUGUGGCUGAUCUUCUCCCUCUAAGUGAUGCCUCUGCUGCCCAGCACCUGCAGGCUGUGAUGCAGGUGGUGCAGGCCUGGGUGGACUACAAGCAGGCAAUUCUGAUUACUGACCCAUCAGAGGCUCUGAAACAGUGCCUGGCUGUGGCACAAUGCGAGGUGCCAGAAGAAUUGGGCACCAUCACGUGCAGUGUUGUGGCUGUACUCCUCACCUCCACCCACCACCACAUCCACAAUACCAUCCUCCGCCAGGCCCUCCACACCUUGCUGGCCUCCCCCCUGCCACACCACACCAAGAUCACCUUUCUCAGCCACCUCUUUGACCUGGCCAGGUUUGAUACAGAAGUGCUGCCUGAGGUGCUCCUCUAUCUGGAUGGGCUCACCAGCUGUGCAGCGGGUCAGGCCAUGCACCAGGAGGUCUUGGCCACAUUGGCCACCCUCAUCCUGAAGAAGCAGCCUCCAUGCCAGAGUGGGAUGGACCUGCCCUCCUGGCAGGCCUAUCCCCUGAUCUUCUCCCAGGCUGAGGGCAGUGCAGAGGCCUCCAUUCCAGCACUAGUGGAGGGCAAACUGAGGGCUGGCUUAGAGGAGGAUCUCUCCAAUCUGGAAGAACUGGCCCUGUGUCUGUCAGUAGUGGCCCAUGUCCAGCCUUUGGACCACCAGGAGCUGGCCCCUCACCUCACCUGGUUAUUCUCCCUGCUGAUGGAGGCUUUCACUGACUGCACCACCAAGGUUGUGGAGAAUGACAAGCCAGCACCAGUGAAGAAGAAGGGGAAGGCCAAGGCAGAGGCUGCAGUUGUCCUGGAUCUCAACGUGAAGUAUGACCUCCCCCUAGCCACCCGCAGGUCACUGGCGCUGCUCGGGGUGCUGGUGGAGGCCAUGGUACACAUUCUGUCAGGAACAGACUUCCUGGCAUGUCUUGAUCCCCGCCAGCUGUUGGAGGUGGUGAGGGGGCGGCCACAGUACAGAGGCAACACCCACUUCCUGCGGGCAAUGGAUCUUCACUUCACAGUGGCCCAGAAGGAGAACAAUGAGGUGAUGAAUGAAGACACCUUGAGGGAGGUGUACACUGUCCUUGCCCCCUGCCUGGCCUCCCCAGACCCACAGGUAAGACUGCUGGUGCUCCACAUCUUCUCCCUGUUCCCGGUCAAGCUCCCAGCACUCCCAGAGGACACGGAGACUGUGGAGAGCAUGUUCCAGGUCAUGCUGAAGGCGGAGUGUGUGGCCAUCACGCCCUGGGAGUACAAGAACCGCUUGCGCCACCUCUCUUUGCUGGAUGCAGAGCAUGUGGCACCUCACCUGCCCACCUGUGGCACCUUCAGGGAGGCACCACUGCUGCUGUUCCUGGGCCAGCUCUAUAUCAAUUUCAAGGACAUCUGGGGGCCUGUCCUCAAGGCCAUCUCCAGCUUUGCUCACAGCCUCCCCGACCACCACUUCUGGCCACUGUGGUUCUCCCAGCUGACCAUUGCAUCACACCUCACCAAGCAGGUGCUCCAGGGAAAGGAGGCUGACCCUGACACUGACUUGGGUCUGGAAACAGAGGUCCUUGGGGAUGUUUUUCAUCACCUCUCAUCUCAUGGAGGCUUUGCACAGAUCCCGCUCAAGCCAGACCACCUCAACUACCGCAACCUGCUGUGGAGAGCGAUGGCCAUGUUCCCUGAUGUGUGUGAGGCACGGAACAGGGAUGUGGUGCCUCUGUUCUUCUCCUUCCUAGAGGGGGAACUGUACCCUGUUGACUCCAGUGUUGCCCCCACACAGGACCUCAGCAUCCAGCAGCUGGAUGAGAGCUCAGAGAAGGCAGCUGAGGCAGAGGAGCAGACUGAGGAUGCUGAGGAAGAUAACCAAACCGACAACCCUUCAGAAGAGCAGGAGAUGCAGCCCUCCAGUGAAGCCAAGCCACUCAAGAAGACACAGGCCAGCAAAUCCCAGUCCACUACCACCACCACCACCCCUCCACGGCGAGCUCCCAUUAAGUCCCUGUGUGAGCAACUGACUGUACUCUCCAAGUUCCACAACCCUCGCAUGGUGCUGCACGCCCAGCGCCUGGAGCGCACCUACCACCAGCUGCUGAGUCACCCGCUGCCUGGCGUUCAGCGGCUUGCCCUGGACUGCAUCAUGAGUUACAGUCAUGCACACCUGACUCCCUACAGAGAGAGCCUCUACAGAAUUGUGGAUGACCGCUCCUUCAAACACGCCCUCACUCUCUUCAGCAUCGAUGGGAGUGAGCAGAGUGUGGAGGAGGAGCACCGAGGUACCCUGCUGCCCUGCCUGCUGCGCCUGCUGUAUGGCAAGAUGCACCACAAGACAGGGCCCAACACUGCCGGCCGGGGCAAGAUUACAGCCAGGAAGGCAGUGGUGCUGAGGUUCCUGGCCGGGGCUCGGGAGGCUGAGUUGGGCACCUUUCUGGACCUGUCCUUUGAGGUGCUGGCACCUCAUUUAGAAGGCUCUGUGUCGGCAGUGGUGGCCCGUGCCCGCACCGGCCUGGACCUGCAGCAGACAGUGCCACUGGGUCGCCUGCUGAGUGCCCUCACCACUGUGCAGAACAUUGUCGACAAGAUUGGAAAUCUUCUGACAGAGCGUGUGCCCUUCCUGCUGAAGGUGACGCUGUACGUGGCCGCUGUGGCAGACAGCCUGCUAGGCCAGCGGGCCAAGAUGGUGCCUCGCCACAUCUCCUUCCUGAAGCACCUGCGACAGCUGGCCCAGCGCCAGGUGGUGACUUUCUUCAGCCAGUUUGCAGAGUACCAGUGGUCAGCAGAGGAGCUGGAGGCAGUGUUUGAGGCAGUUGUUUGGCACAGCCUGCCUCGCCUUCCAGAUGAAGGCCUCGCUUCCCCCUCCCCACUCCUGGGACUCUUCAGCUGCUGGGCGCAACACCCCCGCUACAUGCCUCUGCUGGCCCGCCACCACCCCGGCCAGACCUCCCUCACCCCCCUGCCAUACGUGGUGCAGCUCCUGCGUCACCCCAAGUGUGGCUCUACUGUAGUCUCCUCUGUGCUGUCCCUCGUGGAGGACCUGCUCACCCUGCCAGACUCUACUUCAGAAGAGGAGGAACCACUGCCCACAAGCCCUCACAUGGUCCCUGUGGAGCGCCAGCCUUCACGUGAUGGUGAGGCAGACAUGAACUAUGGCACAGCCCUCCUCACCCCCCACCUGGAUCCCCUCCUACAGAGCCUGGGGACCUACCUGGCCAAGGUGGGCCAGGGCCAAGCAGUGGCUGCACGUGACCUCAACAUUCUGAGCAGCCUGACGCGGUGGGUCAGCAGCACAGAGGUCAGCAGUGAGCUGCUGAACCUCAUCAUUCCCAUGGUGGCCAGGCGCCAGGUCAAGAAGGAGGAGAAGGUGUCCCAGCUACUGGCUGCCUGCUGCCACUUGCUGGGGGUGGUGCAGGAUCCUGAACAACACUUGCGGUCGCUGCUCUCUCUGUUUGGGUGGGUUGGCUUCCGUCAGGCGCGGGAGCAUCUGUGUCAGGCCCUGGCCGUGCUGGCUGGCACCAACCCUGCCCUGCAGCAGCUGGCCAUCACUGCAGCAGACCUCAAUGCCUGGAGCACCAGAGCCGUGGAGGAGGUGGACUUUGAGCGUCGCCUGGCCAGGUACCGCACCCUCACCCUCCUCCUGGCUGACCUGCAGCAGCUUGACCUGCCCAUGAGCCUCCUGCUGGUGCACCACAACAUGUUUGUCCUGCAGCACCAGGAGGACGCUGCCCUGCGUGAUGUGGCUGUCCUCUGCCUCACUCAACUGGUGGAUGCCUGUGCCCGCCUGCGGGAAUCACAGCGCUCCACGGCCAAGGAGGUGGUGGUGGACCGCCUGCUGCCCCAGGUGCGAGCCGCCCUGCGUGGGGAGCGGGAGGUGGUGCGGCUGGAGGCGGUGGCUGUGCUGCGCCACGUGGUGCACACCUGCUCUGACCUGCACCCUCACCUGGCUGACCUACACCAGCUGGCAGACACCACAGAUGAGGACAUAGACUUCUUCAGCAACAUGCGGCACAUCCAGCGGCACCGGCGGGCCAGGGCACUGUCCAGGCUGGUGGAUAGGCUGGCUGCCGGCACCCUCACCUUCGCACCAGGGACACUCACUGACUACCUGUUGCCUCUGGCUUCAGUCUACCUGUUCAAGGAUGAAUACGUGAGUGAUGAGUACCUAAUGGCCAGCUGUGUGGCCACUGUUAGGGCUGUGGCUGGCUGUCUGCCCUGGUUCCCCUAUCAGAGGCUGCUGAGGCACUACCUUGGCCUCAUGUUGAAGGGGGACCUCAAGCACCUGCGACUUGGAGUGAAGGUGAUCGAUGCCAUCCUGGAGGCCUUCCAUGAGGAGGUGGAGGAGUGCAGGCAGCUCAGGCCAGCCAGGCCAGCGAGAGGGAAGAGAGAUGGCCAACAUGGACUGCAUGAGGAGGAGCAGCAGCAGCAGCAGCAGCAGGCUGGAGCUAGGGAAGAGCAAGAGGCUGUACAGGAAAACAAGGGAGAGGAAGUAUCUGAGGAAAGAACAGCUGGUGAUGAGGAUGAUGUCAAAAUGGAUGAUGGAGAAGAGGAGAAGGAAGAUGAUCUGAACAAGGAAGAUAAGAAGCAACAGGACUCAGCUGCUUCCCCUGCCCUCACCCGCCCUCAGAAGGUGUACUGUGCCCUGGUGGGUUCCAUCAUCCCCCAGAUACAGCGAACCCUGGGCUGCCGCACCAGGGCAGAAACGGAACACAAGCUGAACCGCAGCAAAGUCCCCGAGGACGAGGACAUCAAGCGCAUCCCCCUGGCCUUUGCCCUCAUCAAGCUGCUGAAGAAGAUGCCCCGGACUGCCCUUAAUGCCCAUGUCAAUGGCGUCCUCAUGAAGAUCAUCACCUUCCUGAAGUGCAAAGCAGAGGGCAUCAGGGAGGAGGCACGCAACAUGCUGGUGCGCAUCAUGGUGGAGCUGGGUGGCCGCUACCUCCCCUGGCUGGUCAACGACAUGCGCAUCAUCCUCACCCGUGGCUUCCAGACCCAUGUGCUGGUGUACACCCUGUAUGCUGUGCUCACCCAGCUGCGGCCCAGCCUGGCCCCGGACCACCUGGAUGCCUGCAUGGUCCAGCUGGUGGAGGUGUGCAAGGAGGACAUCCUUGGCAUUCAGGCAGAGGAGAAGAAAGUGAAACAAAUCACCACCAAGGUGAAGGAAGCACGCAGCGACCGGGGCUAUGACAUCCUGCACUUUGUUGCUGAGUUCAUGUCCCCGCAGGGCCUGAGGGAAGUGGUGCUGCCCUUGCGGGAAGUGUUGGGCCAGACGCAGGACCGGGCCGUGGUGGCCAAAAUGGCCCGCUGCCUGGCCAGGGUUGCCAAUGGCCUAGAAAAGAACCAGAAUGUGUCUGUCACCCAGAAAUCAGUGUUUGUGUAUGGAAUACUCAAUGAGAAGCUGCCGGAAAUGACGACAGACACAACGGGAAAGCCACAGCAAAAGAGUAAGAUUGAGAGACCAGACUCGUACCUCUUGGCGCCGGAGCCUAAAAGAGCAAGGAUCAACCCCAAGACCUCACUGAAGGCCACAGCUCACAUUCUGGUGGAGUUUGCUCUGCAACUCCUGUGCAGCCUCAUGCGUCAGGGGCAGCUGCUCCCCUCAGACACAGCCCACGUGGCCCUCCUGGACCCAUAUGUGCCCACCAUGACCCAGUGCAUCAACUCAGACCACCCAGAGGUCAGCAUUCAGGCCCUCAAAUGUGUUAACUGGCUAGUCAAGUUCCCUCUUCCAUCCCUGCAGAAGGAGCUGAAGAAGAUUUGUCAGCAGAUGUUUGUGGUGCUGCACAAGUAUUCUUCCCCAGAGCUGGCCCGAGGGAAGCUGUACGACCUGGUGCAGCUGUCCUUCAAGAGCCUGGCAGUGGUGGUGCGCAGCGUGGAGUCCUACAUGCUGACGGAGGAGGAGCUGGAGAUCCUCCUGGGAUAUGUGACCAGUAGUCUGGAGGACUCGCGGCAGCAGCAGACGGCCUUCAUUGUGCUGCAGGCUGUGCUGGCCAGGAAGAUAGACUCAGCCAGCCUGCACCAGCUGCUGACCCGAGUCAAGGAGAUGAGCAUCACCUGUGGCAGGCAGUACCCGCUGCAGCAGGCCAGGGUCACCUAUCACACCUAUCUCCUCACCUACCCCAUGAAACCCCGACGCAUCACCUCAGACAUCUUUUACUUCCUGGACAACAUCUCGUACCCUGUGGAGGAAGGCAGGUUCUCGGCAGCCACUAUGAUCAACGCAGUGGUGUCGAACUUCCCCGCCAAACUGAUAACGCGCUCGGUGGAGACCAACCUCUGGUUCAAGGUGUCGGAGCAGCUGGUCAAGGAACACUCCAAGGACAACCGUGCUCUGCUUCACAAAAUCUUGAAGGCUCUGUUUGAAAGGUCCAUACGGAAAGAGAUACUCGUUGACCUCUGUUUGAAACUGCUGGUUGAGGCUGAAGGCACCACACCAGACUACACGGCCUAUCUGGUGGCUUCCAAGUCCCUCUCUGCUUUCCUAGAUGUCCCAGUCAAACUGCUUCCCAAGACCCUCCUGUCGGUGGUCCUGCCACAGGUUGUGUCCCUUGUACACCCUGCCAGGUAUGCUGCCAACACCACCAUGGAACUCUCACCACACAUUCAGCAGAUGGACAUUACUCUGGUCAGCCUCUUGGAGGUGCUCAGCAAACUCACUGGGGCCUUCCUGUCCCACUCAGAGUGGAGUGAGCAUGCCAAAGAUGAUCUGUGGGAGAAUGUGCAAAGCCACCUGUCCUAUCCACACCUGCAUGUGCGGGUGAGAGCAGCAGGGCUGGUGGGGCAGCUGCUGGUGGCACAUCCUGUGGAGGGAGACACCUCUCCACCAAUGGCUGCCACUCCUGAGCAAGUAAGGAAGCUGGCCAUGGCACUGUGUGAGCUGCUUAGAACACAGGCUGGCCCAGAAACACACCUGCUGACCCAGCUGUCUCUAGCAGCUGUGAGGAACCUCAUUUACUUGGUCCGGCACUCAGUGAAGGUGCCACUGAUGAGGCAGACACUCAAGACUGGAAGUUCUAUUGGAGAGGAAGUUGAGCAGGAGGCUGGUGGUGAAACUGAAGGGAAAAAUGUGGAUUCCAUGAAAAAGAAGGGGCAGUUCUGUGACAGCAAGAAAGACAGAAUGAAAAGUGCAAAGAAAAGCAGAGGGUAUGUUCAGACCACAAAUAAAAGGAGGAGAACCAGUAGUGAGGGGAGUAAGGAGCUAAAUGAAGAGGAUUCCAGAAAUGGCACUUCUGGGGACCCAGACACACAAAUUGGACAGAAAAGCCAUAUGGAGGGGAACCACACAGGAACCCAAGAGGAGAAUGAGAAGAGUGCAGAUAAGAAGGCUGGUGGCAACACUAAGGCACUGGUUUUAGGUGCCUUGUGGGUCCUGCACCGUGUGGGGAACAUGGCUUAUGAGGAGCUGCAGACGGCCGCUUCAGGACGCAUUGUGACUCGCGAGGCACUCCUCAACCUGAUGGCUGGACUGCUGGUGGUGGCUGGGCCAGAUGCCAAGGCCCCAAGGCUCUUCACGUACAUCAUUAAGCACCUGGCCAGGGAGCUGACGGAUGAACACCUGCCAGAGGUGCUGAAGGAGAGGACACGAGAGGUGGCCAACCUGGUGAAGGAAACGGUUGGCGUGGAGACCUACACCCGCCACCUGGCUGCCGCCCAGACCGCCUUGGCCAGGAAGAGGCUGGACCGUCGUGCUCAUGAGCUCCAGCAGAAGGUGGUUGACCCACACCUUGUCCAGCGGAGGAAGAGGAAGAAGCAGGAGGCACUGAAGGAGUCAAGGAAGAGGAGGAUUGCUGAGAGGAAGGGCAAGAAUGUCAAAGGAGGUAAAGGGGCUAAGGGUGGCAAGGGUACCAAGACCUCCAAGGGAAAUACCAGAAGAAAAAAGCCAAAAAUGAUGGAUGAGGUGGUGGUGAGAGAGUGAAAGAAAUAAUUUUGCUAAAAUAGUCUUGUUCAAGUUAACUAUCUCAUUACUGUUGCAAAAUUAUUAUUUUUAAUAUGAUGUAUAGCUAAUUAUUGCAUGCUAUAAUCAUAGCAUGUCAUUACCUGUAUAGUGAGCAACCUGAAAUAUGUUACUUUGUAUGGUUUCUAAAAGUCUAUCUCCUUCCUAAAUAAACAGGAGUGAAUGCAAA